AUGUUCAUUGAGGAAAGCCCCAGCAUCAGCAGCGGCAGUGGCAGUGGCAGCGCCAGGACUCCAGGCGAGGCGAAACCCAACGAAGUGUACCGAACCGAACCAAAAACCGAGCCAAAGCCGAACCCCAUUCGAGCCGAGAUCUCACUCCUAAGGCGGCAACAGCCCGUUGGGAAAUGGAGCAAUAAUAUCCGGGGGAAUUUCGGGACUUUUGGUCCAAUGACGAGGUCAGGCCACCUAGGAAUUGGCCACGCCACGCCACGCGAACUCUCCAAGCCGCCCACCCACGUGCAUACAUUAAAGUUGCAGGCGACUCCCGGCUCCAUUUGGCAGAUGAAACUUGUCCGGAUUUCCAAUUAAGACAAUAAGAGAAUCAUAUCCGAGGAAAAUGGCAAAGAAAAACUCAAGUGGUCGGUCGGAUAGGUCGCUGGUGGAAUUGAAUUGAAUAAAGAUAAAAAAAAUAUUUGUCUGCCGCGGGCGAUGCGCAUUUCCCAGCGGGGACAAAGCCAACAGAAGACUCCGCAGCUCUGCAAGAACAACAACAGCGCCAGCACCACAGAUAGAAACCGAAACUCUGCACUGAGACAAAUUUAAGUAAGUACCAUUUCAUUACAAAUAUUAUUCAUAUUUCAUAUUAAGGUAUUAUAAAGUUAUUAGUUAAUAUUAAUUCGAUGUCUUAAGGACACUAAAAACAUAAUGAAAGUGACAAGGAAAAAGUUAACUAUAAAAAAGCCUUAA